AUGAAGCCAUUUUUUGACAAAAAGGAGAAGCAUAAUGAUAACGAUGAUGAUGCUGGUUCAGACUGUUCCGUUGUUCUUGCGGAAGGAUCUAAUUUCAAUCGAAACGAUAUACUGAUAUGUGCCACGCACGGGAAGAUAUACGCAAUUCAUAAACGUAAUGGAAGUCGUUUAUGGAGAGCAAAUUUUCCUACAGGUGCUUUCGGUGGGAUUGUCUCUUUAUUCGUUACAGAUUACGAUAAGCUUGUGGUUGGUGCCAAUGGGAAAACCGCAUGCAUGAAUUUAUUCGAUGGCGCAACAAUUUGGGUGAAUAAAAUGCCUGGGUUUGGUACUGAUGAAGUUUCUGUUAUUACUACACCCAGUCGAUUUCUAGAGCCAAAGAAACAUCCAAUAAAUGUGACCGAGGAGUCCGCUACUUUUGAGGAGCUUCCACCUGAUUAUCAUAAAGUAGAUGAUAAUAUAGCAGAAAAACCAAUUGUAUUAGGCAGUUCGCGUGGUAAAAUAAUGGCUAUGGAUAGUGAGACAGGAAAGACAUUGUGGACGUACAAUUGUCCAGGGGGAUGGUAUAAUCUUCCUGUUGCUAUUGUUGAGCCACCUAGUUUGGAGGAUGGCCGGCCCGAUCAGUUGAUUUAUGUUGGCGCAGGUAGAAGGGUUUAUUGUUUGAAGGCGAAGACUGGUGAAGUUAUUUGGGACGUAAAGGUUUCUGGUUCUAUAUUUGGACUGAAUUAUAUGACACUAGCAACGCCGUGGUGUUCUCGUUUGGCAGCUGAAGCACACUCCGCGUUCAGUCAAAACCCAUCAGCUCAAGCUCGCGAUUGGGAGCGAGAACAGGAGCGUAGGUCUCAUUAA